UAAUCUUCUGCUUCCACGAUUCUCUUGUAGGCAAUUCCAGAAACCCUACCAGUCAAUGCUAUGCCCUGAAACCAUCCAUUAUUUCUCUCGUAAAACAAUCAUAAAUACUCUCGGUUCAUAUGCUACUAACUCUCAUCCUCAUUGGUUUGUAUCUAUCUCAUUCUUCCAAGUCAUCUAGCUUCUUCCCGUCAUCUCUCAUGGCUUCCCGCUUCUUGUCCCACCCAGAGCCUAACCAGGUCCUUUUUGAGGAAAGUUCAUGUGUGCGAAAGGUGAUACUAAAUAGACCCCACAAGCUAAACAGUCUCACUUAUGAAAUGAUUUCUCGAAUUUUAAGGAAUUUGGAAGUGUAUGAGAAGGAUCCCAUGGUCAAACUUUUGAUUUUAAAGGGACAAGGAAAAGCAUUUUGCGCGGGUGGAGAUGUUGUAGGAAUGGUUCUUUCUAUAAAUGAAGGACAUUGGAGCUUUGGUGCAAGCUUCUACAAGAAACAACUCACCUUAGACUAUUUACUUGCAACAUCUACAAAACCUUUGGUUUCACUUAUUAAUGGAAUUGUAAUGGGUGGAGGUGCUGGAUUGUCCAUGAAUUCAAUGUUUCGGGUUGUCACGGAGAACACUGUAUUUGCUAUGCCAGAAGGACAAAUAGGACUUUUCCCAGAUGUCGGUGCAUCAUAUUUCCUUUCUAGGCUCCCAGGAUAUUUUGGAGAAUAUUUAGGACUUACUGGUGUACGACUAGAUGGAAAGGAGAUGCUUGCUUGUGGUCUUGCUACCCAUUUUGUCCUCUCAAAGGAUCUUGUUUUACUGGAAAAUGCACUAUCUGAGGUGGCUUCUUCAGAUCCAUCAACCAUUUCUAGAGUUAUCAGUGGAUUCUCGAGCAAAAUAUCCUUAAAGAAAGAAAGCGCCUAUAGGAGAUUGGAGACAAUCAACAAAUGUUUCUCAAGGAGGACAGCUGAAGAAAUCCUAUCAAUGCUGGUGACUACGGAAAAUGAGGCUGCAAAUGGAGAUAACAAGUGGAUAAUCCAAGCAAUAAGUUCCAUGAAGUCAGCUUCUCCAACAAGCCUUAAAAUUUUUCUUAAAUUGAUUAGAGAAGGGCGAACAAAAGAACUUAAAGAUUGUCUAAUCCAAGACUAUACAAUCGCUUGUCACAUGUUUCGAAGGACAUUCAAUCCUGAUUUCAUUGAGGGUUCAAGAGCAAAAUUAUUUGAGAAAGGCAAACAACCCAAGUGGGAGCCUUCAAAACUGGAGCUGGUUCGUGAUGAUUUCGUGAAUCAGUAUUUUGAAAAAGUUGAUGAUGCUGAUUGGGAAUAUCUGCAACUUCCUGCUAGAUCAAACCUUGCCAAAACACGGGAAUCAAAACUCUAGCUGGAUUGUGAAAGAUGGUAAAGGAGUAUAAGGAGCUAUAACUCCGAUUAGCAUUUAUAAACUUUAAACUUAAAUUAAUAUGGUACUAUAGUUUAAUUGUAUCACAUUAUUAAGCUACUAGACUGUUUCAUCAUGUGAUGGGAUUUGCAAUUUAUUUAUAUGGUUUUCUUAACUGAAAAAAGUUCCCAUGGCUUUUGCUUA